UACAGCUCAUCAUCCAAGGAACACCAAACGCCUGUGAAGCGUGGUGGUGGGAGCAUCAUGCUCUGGGCUGCUUGAAUGAAUAGCUCCAAAUAUCAAGAUAUUCUGGCACAAAACCUGCUGUCAGAAAGAUGAAGAUGAAGAGGAAGAGGAAUAUCUCGUCCCAACAUGACAAUGACCCAAAGCACACAUCCAAGUGGACCAAGGCGUGGCUUCAGAAAAGGAAAAUCAAAGUCUUGGAAUGUCCCAGUCAGAGCCCGGACCUCCAUCCCAUCGAAAACAUGUGCAAUGACCUAAAGAGAGCUGUACACAGGAGAUCCCCUCGCUAUGUGAAGGAACUUCUACUUUUCUGCAAAGAAGAUCAAAUUCCAAAGUGUCGAUGUGCAAAGUGAAUAGAGACUUCUUCACAAAGACUUGCUGCUGUAAUAAAUGCACAAAGUGCUUCACAAAGUGUUCGUUGGGUGAGGUGUGCCUCCCUUCCUCCCUCCUAAACUCAGCUGCCACAAAGUUUGCUGACCUGCUGGGGUCAGUGCGUAGGGGCUCAGGGCCCACAUCUGACGGGGAAGGGAGAUCCAGCACUCCACCUCCCGCUGCCCUCUCUGCCCCCUCCCCUCCACACACCCCUGUUGUCCCCAUGCAGAUGUCUCGGCUCACAGACCUGGUAAGCAGCGUUCGCAGGGUGCCGGUGGCCCCUGCACCCGAGGGUGACGCUGCACCGGUACCUAGCGCCAGGCCCACCCCUACACCUGCACACACCACCUCCCCACCUCCCCCUCACUCCCCUUCCCUGUCUUCCUCCCAGAGACGCAAACAAGAAAUAAUCAAGAUCACCGAGCAGCUGAUAGAGGCAAUCAACAAUGGAGACUUUGAAGCAUACGCGUGA